UGGUUGCAGCAUGUCGAGACUCUGGCGAGCACGACGUCUCUCCUCUAUUGUUAUUGUGGCGUGCGCGUGAGGAACAGGCAGGAUGCGCGAGGAGACAGCGGGGCCGUUAUGAUAAAACAGAAGCGAACACCGAGCUCGCGAAGUACAAACAUAUGAGAAAUAUACAGUAGCCGGUUAUAUCCAAGGAUAUCUGAGAGCCAUCUGCCGUGUGAACACUGAGCCCCACACAGGGCUCAUACAAAGGAGUGUAAACACACACGGCAGCUGCGGUCAGCCCAGACAGUACGGAGGGAGCUGUCGGAGACUCCGAGGUCUGACUGUUUUACUUCUCCUCCCCUCUCCGGCUCAUGUGGACUGAUUCAGAGCUGGGCCAUCACGAUGCCAAUGAAGUUUCUGGUCACUCAUUGGCUGACCAACUUAAUACCAGCAGCAUCAUGUCAGUGAACCCUCCAAGCAGCAAUGACGCCUGUCUCAGCAUCGUCCACAGCCUCAUGUGCCACCGGCAGGGUGGAGAGAACGAGGGCUUCGCCAAACGUGCCAUCGAAAGCUUGGUGAAGAAGCUGAAGGAGAAGAAGGAUGAGCUGGACUCGCUCAUCACUGCCAUUACCACCAAUGGUGUCCAUCCCAGCAAGUGCGUCACCAUUCAGAGGACACUGGAUGGACGGCUGCAGGUGGCUGGGAGGAAAGGUUUCCCUCAUGUGAUUUAUGCAAGGCUGUGGCGCUGGCCUGACCUCCACAAGAAUGAACUCAAGCAUGUCAAGUUCUGCCAGUAUGCCUUUGACCUGAAGUAUGACAAUGUGUGUGUCAACCCCUACCAUUAUGAGAGAGUAGUCUCUCCAGGCAUCGUUGGUCUCAGCCUUCAAAACACAGCUGCACCAAUCGGCCUCAUCAAAGAAGAAUACAUCCAUGACUGUAUACAGAUAGACCUUCCACCUGGCAUGCCUCUGUCUGACCAUCAAACAGCCUUGAAGCUGCCUCCGCCCGACCACUAUGGUCAACCCCUGCCUCCCCAGCAGCUGUCGUCUGAGCCUCAUGGACCCCCACCUGUCAGCAGAUACACUAACCUGCCUGUUUCCCCCAAAGUGACCUGCUCUGGUUCCAUGCUGCCACUACAGGGCGGUCACAGUGAUGGCCGUCUCCAAACUGCAUCCCCACAGGCUCAAGUCAUGACCCCAGCACCACGACCUCCGACUCCUACCCAACCCCUACCUCAGCAGCAGGCUGCCCAGCAACCCUCACAGCCCCCCCAUAACCAACAACCCUCCCUACCUACUUCUCACUCACAUGGAAAGAACGGAUACAGCAGCAGUAAACACUCUCAGAGCCAGGCUGUCUUCCACACCGUUUGGACAGGCAGCAGCACAGCCUCCUACACUCCCAUAGGACCGCCACAGAAUGGGCGUAAUCUCCAACAACCUCCCCUCCAUCACCCAAACCAUCACUGGUCUCAGCAUCACACCUCAAACUCUUUCGCCCCUGUGGCCAAUCAUCCAGCAGGACCAGAGUUUUGGUGCUCUAUCUCCUACUUUGAAAUGGACGUUCAGGUGGGAGAGAUGUUUAAGGUGCCCUCCAGCUGCCCUGUUGUGACAGUGGAUGGUUAUGUUGACCCGUCGGGAGGCGAUCGCUUCUGCCUCGGCCAGCUGAGUAACGUUCACCGCACAGAUGCCAGUGAGAGAGCUAGGUUACACAUAGGUAAAGGCGUGCAGCUGGAGUGUCGUGGUGAGGGGGAUGUGUGGAUGCGCUGUAUGAGCGACCACGCUGUGUUUGUGCAGAGCUACUACCUUGACAGAGAGGCAGGCCGAGCACCAGGUGAUGCGGUGCAUAAAAUCUACCCUGGAGCCUAUAUCAAGGUGUUUGACCUGCGACAGUGCCACAGACAGAUGCAGCAGCAGGCAGCCACGGCUCAGGCUGCAGCUGCUGCACAGGCAGCUGCUGUGGCUGGAAACAUUCCUGGUCCAGGCAGUGUUGGAGGCAUUGCACCUGCAGUUAGUCUGUCUGCAGCAGCGGGGAUCGGUGUGGAUGAUCUCAGGCGACUGUGUAUCCUGCGACUCAGCUUUGUGAAAGGCUGGGGGCCUGACUACCCUCGCCAGAGCAUCAAACACACCCCCUGCUGGGUGGAAGUCCACCUGCACCGUGCUCUGCAACUUCUGGAUGAGGUGUUGCACACUAUGCCAUUGGCAGACCCAGGGCCUGCUAACUAAAGACCAAGACAGCAUUCAAAUUCCAAUCAGGAUUCUCUGAAUGUGUGCACACAGACACACUAUUGGAUUCUUUUCUUCAAGCCAAAUAUGCUAUAUGUCUUGAUACACACAAGUUAUUUAAUCAGAAACACACAGAAGACAAAAAUGACCAACAACACAUUAUGCUUGUAACAAUCAAUGCACACAUCAUUCAUGCUGUCUCACAGACAUACACACACAUGCACAAACACACUGAAACCAAAUGGUCUGUAGCUGCAACUCAGACAUACAAGUGUGAUAUCUUUGGGAUUUUUCUAAUGCUUUACUCUACAAUCUAAAGUCAAGUGCAAAUUAGUUAGAUCUGUGAAGGUUAAGAUUUUGAGUUUGUCUUCUGACCAGUGUGUCUCUGUACUGAAGACAGUGCACUGUACAAAUGCAGGGAUGCGUUUCAGUAAUCCAGUUUUCCAAUAUGCAUUUUGGAUUUCUACUAAUUGUAGGAGUGUUCUGCACAUGCACUCAUGGAAUAGAUAAACAUUAUGAUAUUAUGUAUUCCAGGAGGCGUCAACACUCCAGGACAGAUAAAUGCAUACCUCUGCAAAAGAAAAAGUCUAAGUGAUCCAAACAGUGUUUCAAUUAUCUUCAUGUCUUACUAACAGCAGAAGUGAUCUAGAAGUAUGUCUUAGGAAGCCAGUGUUAAGUCAACUGUGUGCUUGUACUGCGCUCUUCACUAUGUCCAUCUCAACUCAAAAUGUUAGCCCUCUUAUUAUGCUCAGCUCAGACUAUAUUAUUUUUGUACCAAAAGUCUAAAAAGCCAAAAAUAUUUAGCUUUAAAGUAGUGUUGUUGUUUUCCAGUGCUACCCUGUAUGUAACCAAAUGCUUGGUAGAAAUCACCAAAGCCAGAAUACCUCAUUACUACAGUGCAAAGUCACAGUUCAGUUUUCCGCUCUGUUCAACAUUGACAGACUGAGCUCAGGUCUGCAGUCAGUCUGAGAGGGUAUGUGAGGUCAGACACUGACUGUAAUUUGUGAAUAGGUAACUCUAAAGAUUGACAGCGGAGUGGACUUGUCAAAGAAGUUUCUGGGUACUUCUGGUACAGACUCGAGCCUGUGCAUGUGACACCAGUGCCUUUCUGUUCUCUGGUCUGAUCUGUUUGGAUCAUCUCCUGCAGACAUGUCACUAGCAGUUCAUCUUAAAAGGGAAUUCCACUAUUUUUCAACCUAGGCCCUUUGUUGAUAAAUGUGGGUUUGUAAAUGAAUGGUACUUAAAAAAUAAAAUUGGAAAAAGUCCAGUAGUGUGCCUCCACCUGCAGCCACAACUUGAUAUUGGCUACAAUCUAAACUUGUGGUGCAACUGCGACAGUCCAUACAUUUUCACAAAUAAAAUGCUCAAAUUGUUGAGUCUAGCAACAUUACACUGCCGCUUGACCCUUGGCAAAUACCCAGAAGUAAUGAGAUUAAAUGAAAAUUCUAGUUAAAUGUCAUGAGGUGAUGUACACUUUGAAGGGCACAUUGACUCUCCUGAGGUUGACACCAGACCUGACAGUUUAAUCAAUGUCAAAAUAUCUCAUCCAUACUGUACCAUAGUGGCAACAUGGACUGUUGAUCUAGAUCCAGAGGUGAAGAAAUGAUUAGUUAGAUGACUCAUGUAGUUUGGAUCUGUCAGGAAACUGAGACAUUAAUCAUCCAAUGCCGCUGCAUUGCAAGGACCAGCCAUUAACACAUGCAUAUUUGUGAUUUGUGCCUUUUGUUGUCGUAGAUGCACCAACACUGGAUUGUAAGAAGAUUGAUGUUGCACAUUGUGAUUUGGUUUUCAGCUGUUCAGAAUCUAUGAUGAUAUUCUGUACUCCCCUCAGGUGUCUGUAGCUCAUCAAACUGGUUUUACCUGAGUAGUUUUGUUAAUUGCCUUAGUCUUUAGUGAGUGUAGAGAUAUGAUAUGGCUCUAUCUUAAUCUUAGCAUUAACGCCACAACUAGAUGUCAUGUUUAUCUGCUCUCCUCUGCCCAUAUUCAGGGAUAAUGGUCAAGCAGGCUUGCUCACAUAAGGAGCAAAUUUACCGUCAUCGUAAUCUUCAUUGUCCUGAUCUCUCUAUAAUCAAUUCACCAGUUCAGUUUGUGCAUCACAUUGAUUUGAAUGACCAAUGUCAGCAACUUUAUCAUACCACUGCAGAUUUAAAUUCUGUUUAUGAAAAUGACCUGGUUUGAAAAUCCACCCUGAGUGAUCUGAUCAGUGGUCAGCCCUAAAUACAUGUAUGAAUGCACCCAAAUGCUUCCUCAAUGGGUCCUGAGAUCCAAUCAGUCAGAUCACAUUCAGAGCCUUUUAUUGCUGUAUGAACACAAAUGUAUUCAAGGCCACAUAUGAAGGAUGAAUAUGAUUGUAUUGUUAUGCUUCUCAGAGCUAAUACAUUGAUAUGUGUUUUGGGCCACAGCCACAGUAUGAACACUGAUUAUCAUGAAAUUAUGUUUUUUUCUAAAAUAGGAAAAAUCUCAGUAGAUAUAGGCACUGCAUCGAUUCGUUCAGCCUCUCCCAACUCUCUCUCAUCAUCAUCAGAAUCAGAAUCAGAAUAUAUUUGAUAGGUUUAGACCUACCUGGAAUUUUAUUUGGUAUCAGACAAAUCUGUAUACUCGGACAGGGUUAAAUCAUUAUUUAUAGGAUGCAUUUUAAUACCAGGUGUGAACAGACAAACUCGAAGUUGUAGAUGUGUGAUUGGAUCCGGCCUAAAAUGAAUUAGCAGUUUUAAGAGAAGGAGUUGCAAAUCCCAGCUUUUUGUAGGAGAGCUCCUCUGCUUUUUCCCUGUGAUCUGCGGGACUGAUCGUGCUGCUGUCUCAGGUCUAAGGGAAAUAGGAAAGGCUUAAUGAGACCCACACGUACACGUAUUCAUAGAUUAAUGGGCACUUCAUUCUACAUAUAGGUUGGAUUAAUUGCUUGCCUGUAAACAGAGGUCCCAUUUUUGCAUAUUCAGCUGAGCUGUUGUGCACUGACUGAAGACUAUAUUACAUUAGCAUCAAUACUCACAUGAUAUAUGUAUUGUCCUGUCUGUGGUUUGCGUCCUGCUCCCCACCAAGCAGGAUUGCAUGUGUUUCUGCAGGGGAGGGUUUCCCUUUAGGUUUUUACACACCUUACACUGGUCUUUUUAUCCUCUCAAAAAGUACCUUUUCCCUUAAAUCUUUGCAUCAUGAGCCAAAGGCUGCUCUGGGUCAGUGGGAUCCUGGUCCACUGCCUCCUUAGAUAAGGCUCUAAUAUCCUCAGCAGGACUUCAGACAUCCCAAAAUAUUAUCCUGAACUGAGGCUAUGGUCAAGCUUCAGCUCUUGUAUGAAGCAGUAAAGUGGUAAAUCUCAAUUUCCUUCGUGGAGUGAGGAGGAGGACAAGAUCUCGAUCAUUGGAUGGCUAUGAAGUAUGAGGUUGUGCAAAUCUAUUUUAAAGAGUUGCAGAUUUGGAUCAAUAGAUGAAUAGAAGUGAUAAAAAGCACUUGUAGGGGAGAAUUUAGCAUUUUCUUUAUUCAUCACAUCCUUGGUGUCUGAAGACCUUUACAAAAACAAAAGCUGGUCCUGGCUGGAGCACAUCUGGAAAUGUUCUAGAAUAUGUUUCAAUCAAUCAAUCAAGCAACUAUUCAUAAAUCACAAUUGGUCUCAUGGUGCUUAGCCCUGAGAGUGAGGAAUAACUAUCCCAAAAACCAAAGGAAUUUUUAACUCUUCAGUCAAUGACUGACCUUUUUUCUUCCUUAACAAUUAUGUUUUCAUCAGUCGAUUGAGUUUGCUUAUAGGCAGACAAAUAAAAUAUAGAAGUAAUCCAAAGGUCAGAAAAGCACUAGUAGGUGAAGCAUUUAUGUGCAGGUUACUGUAGGUUAUCGUCAUGGCAUUCACUAAGUCAGGACUAAACUUUAAGGCUCAAGUUCUGAAAGUGACUUGUUUCUCCAGCCUUGUAUGUAAGCACAGUCAUGAUGACUGUAAGAGGGACCACAGCUUUCUUGAUCACAACCUUUAUAUCUGCUCUCAGCAGCUAUGCUAGUUCUACAGCACCACAUCCUCACCCGAGACUGUAGAUGCCCUAACCAUUACACAGAGCUUGUCUAUUAAGUGUGAAGUGUGUUCGUGCAUAAACUGAAGCUGUUUCUCUUAGUGUUUAUGUCAUGCAUUUGAUUUGCUUGGGAGAAGAUGAAUGUUUAAAACAGAAGGCACAGAGAAAUGCAUCAGCUUUAGAAAUCGGUUUGGGUUAAAUAUUCUAAUAUGUAAUUCAUGCAUUUUUUUUAUCUAAGUAUAAAUGUUCUGGAAACAUUGUGAAACAUUUCUGGAUUUCAUCCCAAACCAAAACCAAUGAUGAUGCAUUUAUCAUUCCAGACAAAUUUUUAAUUUGAGACGAUUGGAUCAACACACACCAUACCAUUUAAGUGACAUUACAUGGGUUUAUCUGGACACCUAAAAAGGACUGACAAAUAGGUAGUAAAGAACUGAAUUUGGCUAUAUUACAAUAUUGUUAUUAUUUUGGAGUUAUUUCGUUGUGAACACGUGCUGCUCUUGUAAUGUUGACUGGAUACUAAAGUAAAAUAUUCAAACAUCA